AUGGCCAUCAAACCCGACCAAUCCAAUUGUCGCUUCUCCAAGCGAAUCUCCUUCCGAUGGAUCUCAGGACCAGCCGAGGAAACAACCGAUACAAUCGUGAUGUCCGUAAAGGACUGGUACGUGGACCUCCGGAUAGAAACAGAAACAGGCAAGAUAGACUGGGCGAUUGCCGGACAAAGGAUCGUGGAAAGUCAAGAGCCUUUGCGGGUGACAUUUUCCCACGAGCUCGACUCUCACAACGCAUUUGAAACCAUUGAUUGUGGAACUUUUGUCCCCUUGCCAAACGGCGAUGAUCUCGAGAUGGGGUCUAUGCCUCGUCAUGAUCUCCCUGGUGCACCUGAUAAGGAGUAUGAGGAGGUAUGGCGGGAGUUGCCAUUUAGAGAGGGCCCUGAGGGGCCUGACAAAGGUCUUUCGUGGGUGCUGGAGUCAGAUGAUGGAGAUCUCGGCAAUGAAGAAGGAGAGGUGACGGUUACGAAGACAUUUAUCGGUCGCAUUUGGGGGACGUAUUUGGCGUUGAGUCAGAAGCAGACUCAUACGCGACAGAAGACUUCAUCUGGUGGUAUAGUUGUUAAGAAGUCCGGCGCGGAUGUUAGUGCCAGACGGGAAGAAUGGGGAUCUGGGUGGAAUGAGAAGUAUUUGGUUGGUGGGGAUGCAGGCUCUUUGCCUUCGAUGAUGGUUGGGUUUGAUGGCGAGGGAGAGGGAUCUUGGAAGGUGCCAGGGGAGAAGGUGGAGGUUCAAGGGAAGACGUAUAUUGUUCGAGCUUUCGAGCAAAUUUAG